AUGUUCAUCGGGGGACUCAGUUGGCAGACUACGCAGGAAGGGCUGCGCGAAUACUUCGGCCAGUUCGGGGAGGUGAAGGAGUGUCUGGUGAUGCGGGACCCCCUGACCAAGAGAUCCAGGGGUUUCGGCUUCGUCACUUUCAUGGACCAGGCGGGGGUGGAUAAAGUGCUGGCGCAAUCGCGGCACGAGCUCGACUCCAAAACAAUUGACCCCAAGGUGGCCUUUCCUCGAAGAGCACAGCCUAAGAUGGUGACUCGAACGAAGAAGAUCUUUGUGGGGGGGCUGUCAGUGAACACCACGGUGGAGGAUGUGAAGCAGUAUUUUGAACAGUUCGGGAAGGUAGAUGAUGCUAUGCUGAUGUUUGACAAAACCACCAAUCGGCACCGAGGGUUCGGUUUUGUCACGUUUGAGAGUGAGGACAUCGUGGAGAAAGUGUGUGAAAUCCAUUUCCAUGAAAUCAACAACAAAAUGGUGGAAUGUAAAAAAGCUCAGCCAAAAGAAGUGAUGUCGCCAACCGGCUCUGCCCGGGGGAGGUCUCGAGUCAUGCCCUACGGGAUGGACGCCUUUAUGCUGGGCAUCGGCAUGCUGGGUUAUCCGGGUUUCCAAGCCACGACCUAUGCCAGCCGGAGUUAUACAGGCCUUGCCCCUGGCUACACCUACCAGUUCCCUGCGAUUCCUCUCACUGCUUAUGGACCAAUGGCAGCGGCGGCGGCAGCGGCAGCUGUGGUCCGAGGAACAGGCUCUCACCCUUGGACGAUGGCUCCCCCUCCAGGUUCGACUCCCAGCCGCACCGGGGGCUUCCUGGGGACCACCAGCCCUGGCCCCAUGGCUGAGCUCUACGGGGCGGCCAAUCAGGACUCGGGGGUCAGCAGUUACAUCAGCGCCGCCAGCCCUGCCCCCAGCACUGGCUUUGGCCACAGUCUUGGGGGCCCCUUGAUCGCCACAGCUUUCACCAAUGGGUACCACUGA